AUGCAGAUCGUGGCUGAGAUUAGACUGAAAUUUUCGUCACCCAAAUUUUCGACCACAGCUAUGCUUGCUACCCUAAAGAAUAUUCGCUCUCUCACAGCUGCACCAGCGCGUACCAUUAUAAAGGCUUCGCUUACGACGUCCACGGAUAUAACGCCAUCGACAAGUAAAUCUGUGUCUGGGAAGACACUCGUCCAAGAGGACUUUGCGCUUGCUAAGCCUGCUAAUACAGCCGGUGGGUGUUUUAAUAUGUACUUGCAACCGUGGAUCAAGUCGUUAAUUGGAGUCGCCAAAGUUCCAUUUGGCCGAUGGCAAACUUUUGGAUUGGCCUGCUGUGCUGUUGAAAUGAUGCACAUGGCUGCAUCAAGAUACGAUCAGGAUCGUCUUGGUGUAGUAUUCAGAGCAUCGCCACGACAGUCAGAUGUUAUGAUUGUUGCAGGCACUCUUACAAACAAGAUGGCACCUCCUUUGAGGAAAGUUUAUGAUCAGAUGCCAGAACCUCGUUGGGUGAUUUCUAUGGGUUCUUGUGCUAAUGGUGGUGGAUAUUAUCACUACUCAUACAGUGUGGUGAGAGGCAGAAGCGUUGCUCUAUGGAGUGCUUCAACUGCAGAAGAAAAUGAGGCGGUCAAGGGUAUGUAG